AAAAAUAAGGUUAGAAUUUUUUUGACGAUCGCUUCGUUGAGAAGUUUACUCCAAUUUUUUAAUUUAAAAGUUACAAUGAAAUACGUGAAGAGAUAUAACAAAUAUAACUUACAAACAAAGUGUCGAAUUUGUUUAACUCAACCUGUCGGACCGAAAAUACGUUUAGAGGACCCAUUGAGGGGUGAAAUAGGGCCCAAACCGACAGUUCAUGAAGCUUUAGAGCAAAUUGUGUCAGAAAAAGUGCGAAUAAAAGGAAUAUAUCCUAAUACGAUAUGUGCUAUGUGUGCAGAAUUCUUGAGAAUUGCAUAUGACUUAAAAAUUCAAUACCAAACGUCACGACAAAAUCUAGAUAGUAUGGCUGAAGAGAUAGAUGAAUUAAGUAGUGAUGAAGACACAGAAAACGCGAAUGAGACAGGGGGUGAAACACAGGCACCUGUAGAAAUAGUUGUUGGAUCACAAAAAUUUGAUUUAAAAAAUUUAGUAAUUGUUGAAGAUGAGGUUGAGGAUAAUAUAAGGUAUGAUGGAUUUUUGCAGAAUUUAGGGACAGCAAUAUCAGCCACAUUUGUUAAUAAAAAGAACAAAAAGAAAAGAUUAGAAAUUGAACCACCAUCUAUAGUUAUAGAAAAAGUUAUUGAAAAAGAAAUGGUUAAUAAUGAGACUGAAAUUACAGAUAUAGAGUAUUACACAAUUGAGGAAGAGGAAGAACAACAGAUAGAAGAAAAUACCGGACUAACAGAUGAAUAUUCUGUAGAAAGGGAAGGUGAAGAUAAUGAAGCAGUAGAAGAGAUUGAAACGGUCAAGGAUUUAUUUGAAAUUUCACCUGCAAAUACAAAUUUAGUUGAUCAAUUUGUUAUUGAGACUGAAAAUGACCGAAAAGCAUUAGAAUCUGCAUUGAAUAUGAAAUACAAAUGUAUUAUUUGUAAUAAACCCAUGAGGUCCCUUACAAGAAUGAAGCAACAUAUCAACAUUUGUAGGAAAAGAAAACAGUUGAAAUGUUACAAUUGUGGGGAAUAUUUUGAAUCAAGAAGAAUUCUUUUACAACACAUGAAAACUAAUCAUAUAAAUGAAAUAAAAGACAAAUGUAUUGACCAGGUACAUGAAUGUUCCGUAUGCCAUCAAUCAUUUUCUAGUUAUGGAAGUUUAGCAUAUCACAUGACAAAACAUCAAGGAAAACAAUUCACUUGUAAUAUUUGUGAUAAACCAUUUUAUACCAAAAGUCAGGUGGAUAUUCACAUGCAAAUUCAUAAUAAAGACAAAAAAAUUGCAAUGUGUUCUAUAUGCGGAAAAACCUUCCAUUACCAAAGUGGUCUUUUCUAUCACAUGAAAAUGCACAACAACGAAAGAAAAUACAAAUGCACUUACUGUGACAGAAGGUUUUAUACAAGCAAUUCGAUAAAAAGACAUGAACUGACUCACACAGGCGCCAGACCUUAUGCGUGUAAAUACUGUGACAAAAAAUUCAGAUCACUAGGUGAAGUGAAGAAGCAUCACUUUUUACAUACAGGGGAACGUCCAUAUAAUUGUGACUACUGCAAUAUGUCAUUUAUACAAGCACAUAAUCUGAAAUUGCAUCUAAUGACACACUCGGGAGAUUACCACUGCAUUUAUUGUCCAAAAACUUUUGCAGAAGAAGCCAGUUUAAAGUUACACAUGUCUCAAAGGCAUCAGAUCAAUGAAACUGAUGAUCUAUCACAGGAAACUGAUGAUAUAUCACAGGAAACUGAUCAUAUUUCACAGGAAAUUGAAUUUAAUUUAGAAGAAGAUGAAACUGGAAUGUGUGAGGAUCAAUUUGAAACGGUGAGAAGCGAGGAAGACCUGUUAAACGGUGAAGUAUUAGAGCAGGAAUAUUUUAUAAUGGAAGAUGAAUUUGUAAGUGCGGAAGAAGGGGCUAUGUCUGAGAUGAUUGUGAAGACUUACGAGGUGCAAAAUGAAGUGCUAGUAGAAGCUAUUGAAGAUCCAUCAUAAGUUUUCUUUAUUUAUUUCUGUAUAUACGAGUAAAUAAAUUGACAUUAAUUAA